AUGUCCGACAAAGUUUACAAAAGAGAUAAGUUUUUGAACGUCUUCCCUGAAUUGGUUGAAGAAUUACUUCAAGUCUUGAAAGACUAUGGUAUGAGCCAAGAAGCCAUUGAAUGGUAUAAAGGAAACUUGAACUAUAAUACUCCAGGUGGUAAAUUGAACAGAGGUAUUUCUGUUGUUGAUACCUACAUUGUUUUGAAAGGUUUAAAAUCUGCUGAUGAUCUAUCAGUUGAAGAAUACAAGAAAAUUGCAAUCUUGGGUUGGUGUAUUGAAUUAUUACAAGCCUAUUUCUUAGUCGCUGAUGACAUGAUGGAUCAAUCAAUCACUAGAAGAGGUCAACCAUGUUGGUAUAGAAAUGAAAAUGUUGGAAACAUUGCUAUCAAUGAUGCUUUUAUGUUGGAGGCUGCUAUUUACGUUUUAUUAAAGAAGCAUUUCAAAUCUGAAUCAUACUAUGUUGAUUUAUUAGAGUUAUUCCAUGAUGUUACAUUCCAAACUGAAUUGGGUCAAUUGCUUGAUUUAAUCACUGCUCCAGAAGAUCACGUUGAUUUAUCAAAGUUCUCAUUGGAAAAACAUUCAUUCAUUGUCAUUUUCAAAACUGCUUAUUACUCAUUCUAUUUACCAGUUGCUUUAGCUAUGUUCGCUGCAGGUAUCAAUGAUCCAAAAGAUUUGAAACAAGCUAGUGAUGUUUUAAUUCCAUUAGGUGAAUACUUCCAAAUUCAAGAUGAUUACUUGGACUGUUUUGGUAAACCAGAAGAUAUUGGUAAGAUUGGUACUGAUAUUCAAGAUAACAAAUGUAGUUGGGUUGUUAAUACUGCAUUGAAAUUAGUCACUCCAGAACAAAGAGCUUUAUUAGAUAAACAUUAUGGUCAAAAGAAUGAUGACUCUGAAAAGAAUGUAAAAGAGUUAUUCCAUAACUUGGGCAUUCAACAAAUUUAUUUGGAUUAUGAAGAAAAAACAGCUUCAGAUUUGAAAGAAAAAAUUGCCAAAGUUGAUGAAAGUAGAGGUUUCAAAGGUGAAGUUUUAACUAAAUUUUUAGAAAAAAUUUACAAGCGUGCUAAAUAA